ACGCGGCCAGAUCCCCCUCCUGCAGCCCCUCCCUCCACUCGCCCGGAUACCCCUGUGCUUGUUCCUCUUUUUGUGUCUGCCUCCUUCCUUUUGUCCCAUCUACUCGCCCCUUCCCCCGCAGAAGGAGACCCGAGCGCGUCGCCAUGUCCCUCUCCUACAACGAGGACGUCACCCCCGAGCUACUCCGGGUUAUCCACCCUCAGGACUACAUUUCUGCCCUGGCCCUGCACAAUGUCCGCGGGGAUGGGCGCCAAUUUGAUGCGAUGCGUCCUCUGGAGCUCGCUCUUGGCACGGUCUCCUCGGCCGAGGGGUCGGCGACCGCACGCAUCGGCAAUACGACCGUCGUGGCGGGGGCCAAGGUGGAGAUUGGUGCUCCGCUGGCUUCGGCCCCGGGGCAUGGCUUCGUCAUUCCGAAUGUCAUCAUCACGGGCGGCAGUUCGUCCGAAGCUGGCCGUCUGGCCCCGAGCGGGCUUCCCUCGGACCAGGCACAGGUCCUGAGCAAGCGCCUGGCCGACUAUCUGCUGCAGUCCGGCUGCGUGGAUAUGAGCCAGCUCUGCGUGCAUGAGGGCCAAUGCGUGAUGGUGGUGUAUUUGGACAUCGUUUGCGUGGCAUACGAUGGCGGCCUGUUGGACGCCGCGCUGGCGGCCGCUGUGGGCGCCCUGCGCGAUUUGGCCCUGCCGAACAUCACUUUCGACACCAGCACGGGGACCGCCUCGCUUCAGGCCGCCCCGGCUGGCGCCCAGCCCCGGCGACUGACCCUGCGGUCGGUGCCGAUGUCCCUGUCCUUCGGCAUGGUCCCGGCGUCGGCUUCGUUGGCCGGCCAGGCGACCGACAGCCCGCUGGCGCGUCCGCUGCUCCUGGUCGACCCGACCGCCGACGAGGAGGUUGUGUCCACCGGGGUGGGCAGUGUUCUGUCUCUUGGUUCUGACCGGUGGCUCGGCUUCACCUUGGCCGCCGGGACGGUGGUCGGUGGGGCCACCUCGGCGGCCGUCCGCCAGGUCGAGCCCCGUGGCUUUGGUCUGCUGAGCCUGCUGAAUGACGCGGUGUGCGCUGGUGUUGCGGCGCGCCGGGCUGCCCUCCUGAAGCAGCUGUCGAUAGUUUGAGUGCUUUGCUGUCUGUGGACGACGGAAGUAGCUGCCCCGCCUUUUGCCCAUGUCGACUCCUCCACCCAUGUCUUCGCCCGCGCCACCGUGCACACGCCAUGCCCCCGGAGGCCGCCAUGGCCCCGGUGUGCAAACAGACAAAUAAGACACAAAAACCCCA